CAAGUGGCCAGUGCGAGAGCGAAAGAUGCCCAAAGAAAACGGAAAGGACAAUGAUAUUAGGUAGCGAACUAUUUCAAGUGGUAUUUAGCUAGUCCGGUUCAUUUGAUUGUUUUUGUGGAUAUGAAAACGUCCAGACAAAGGGAAACAGAGAAUGUGAAGCUCCGUUUUGCUUAAUCAACCCCUCUUACCGAAAGCUGAUAUAUGAUAUGGAAGAGGGGGUACAUUGAGGGAGAUCACACAAGCAAUACCUGCAUUCUCCAGCUCGCGGUAUCUACUGGGAUGCAUCAGAAGUGGAUCAAAUGCCAUGACUUCCAUGCAAUGGAGGGUUUACGCUUCUCUAUGGGCUCAUUGGGGAUUUCCAAGACCGUUCUGCCCAUUCAAGGCUUCGGUGCAGCGGUUCUAGGGCUGAUGCUGUUGGUGACAAUGAUCACAGCAGGUUCACCUGCAGCAGUAGACUGGCCUUCGUUGGAUCCCACCAUGUUGGAAGAGUUUCAGGAAGAAGUACCAAGCUGGACUGAAUCACCCUCAGCCUUAUUAGUUUCACACACUGAUGCCUCUGAGCACCUAGAUGACACUACAACUAUAGCUCUCCUUUCACCUGGUCCCCUACCACUUGAAUCACCUUCUAGGUCUAGUGACCCCCUGUCCACUCCCCCUUGUAGCUCUUCAGAGCCUGCGAUUGUCCUUCAGAAACACCCUGAAGGCCCAGCCCGACUCUCAAGGGACAUGAAGCUCUCUGGGCCUAUCUCAACCAUGGCAGCUACCUCUUCAACCCUUGUUACAGUACCACACCAGAAGCUUCUCGGACCACAGUCCAACAUAUCCACAACACCCUUGAACUUCUCUACAGCCACCAGUGGGACUACGUCUCCACAGUUUAUUGUCCCAAACUCUAAUGAAAGAGCUUCAGAUGAACCUCCAUUAUUACCCCCCAGCAACCUGCAAGACUCAUCAAAACAGAGAACUCCUGCACGUAUGACAUCACUUCCGGUUGGACCCCUCAACCUGCCUAGACUGCCUGUUGACAAUCUGGUAGAUGUAGCAGCCCUGUCAGACCAAGCCAGCCCAGAGUCUAGACCUAAUCCAGAUGUGUCCCAGAGUUUAGGCGAUCUCUCGCUGGAUCACAAACUGCCUCUUGAGCCCUCCAGUAGAUUAAUCGAUCUGGAUCACCUGCGUCCCAGCAGUGAGCUCAUGCAGAAGGAUGAUGCUGCCCAAGGUAUUUACAUGCUCCUGAAGCCAUCGCCUGAAAUGCAGCUGGCUCCCAGCUAUGUGCCUUUCCUGAGCCCACAGACCACGUCCUCCUCAGCCGAGCCCACCAUGGUCCCUACUGAGGACUUCUUCCCCACCAACACCAUGGAGGUGGACUGGGGCUCCGGAGACCACCCGGAGACCGUGUCCUAUAUGGGCUCGGAGGGCGACGACUUCUCACUGGUCACCAACCUUCCCACAGACAUGUACGACCUGGAGGACUCCAAUGCGGAACGCUACGACACCUCCUUCCCCUCCAGGGUUGGCGUGUCCUUCUCCUCGAUGCGUCACGUGACGUCUUCACUUAGUCUCACUACAACAGAUCUCAGCUCUGGUGUUAGAAGUGUGGCCCCCACAUCUGUUCCUCCCUCUAUCCAUCCAUAUCCCAGUCACUCAAUGCUAGCCUCAACACCAACACCUCAAGGUAGUCUACCAGAAGGUUCAGGCAUAGACUGGACAGAUAACUUCACUGUUGAACCAACAGACCUUCUCCUACCAGACAUGAACAGCCUGGAGUACUACACCAUCCAGCUGACCAAGGAUGACUCUGAAGAACACAGAGGCACCAAUGUGACCACCACCUCCAGACAUUUCUCCCUGAUGUCCAUCAGCACCAUCCACAUCAUGGCCACCAGCAUGUUCACUGAGGACCCCAGCCACAUGCUCACAGCAUCCUAUGGAGUGGAGGUCCAGCCUUCUGACAACACUACCUGGAUUAAAGAGUCCUCUGAUAUAUCUGGCUCAGAGCCUCUCAAUACGACCACAGCAGACGCCACGGAGAUGACUUCUCUAAAUUUCUCAGUGCCGUUCCUGGAGCCUUCAUUAGCGCCAACCCCCUCCAUGGACCUGUCAUCCUCCCUGUGGGGUGUCACUGGUCAGGUGUCCUCCGGGGAAUGGAUUAGCCCUGUGGCCACCUCCAGUGUCGGACUGGACAGCAGCUCUGUAUUAGUGUCUGUGCAGCCUAGUGCUAUGGCCUCUGAGACAGACAUCCAGUGGUAUGUGUCCCCCACCGCCACAGAGACGGCCCUCCUCAGCACCUUUCUCGUCACUCCUGUGUUGACCACCUCUGUCGCCUUCACCCCAGUGCCUGGUCAAACAGAAUUACCCCCUGAUGUCACCUCAGGCCCCACAGAGCGAGCUACAAAUACCACCACAUUUCCCCCGGUGUCAGUCAUGGCUGACCAAGGUAUUGAUACGGAUAGUCCUGUCACAGCAGUGACAAACGUCAGCCAGAGUACACUUAGCACCGUAGACACCCCCUCCACAACUGAUCCUGCCACCACCACUACUACUACCACCACCAUCACCACUAAGGCCUCUACAACAACUGCUCUGGCCACCACCACUACCACCACCCCCUUAAACAUAGCAACCACAAAAAGCCCGCCUACAACCAUUGGCCGCCAGUACCUCUGUAAUGUCUCCAAGCCUGUGUACUUUGUUAAAGUCGGUUUUCCCCCUGGAGCCACUGUUGGAUAUGCCAAAUCCCAAAUCCGAGACAUACUGAAGACUGAAUUCAAUAAGUCAAUUGAAUUGCAGGUUGCUAAGAGCCCUCCAGACUUUGUGUUCCGGGCAGUGUCGGGUCCCGUGGUGUUCACAGCCAUAUCUGUCAUCAACGCCCUGCGCCAGUCAGGCCGACGCUUCCAGCCCAUCUCACAUUACUGGAAGGUACCAGACCACCAGUACCAAGUCCACUCAGUGCUGCAGUUUGUGCCCAGCCACGUCGACGUGCGAGUCUGCAACUUCAGCGAGCGCAUUGAGAAAGGCCUUACCAUGGCAUACGCCGAAGUGCGCCGACGCGCACAGGAGUCCACCAACUUCACUGUGCACAUUGUGAACAUCACCAUGAAUCAGCCCAGGAGUCAGCAGAGGGAGCCAGUGAACGUGACCUUCGCGGUGCGUGAUGCCGUCGGCUACCUGAAGGGGUCAGAGGUCAGCAACCACCUGAGGCUGCUCAACAUGGUGGAGUUUAGCUACUACCUGGGCUUUCCCGUGCUGCAGAUCGCCGAACCUUUUCACUACCCAGAGUUGAACACCACCCAGUUGCUUCGCUCGUCUUGGGUUAGAACAGUGAUGCUGGGUGUCCUGGACCAGGGGGUGGACGGGCGGACCUUCCAGGCCAAGAUGGAGCGUCGUGUGGCCCUGCUGCUGGGAGAGGUUCUGAGGGCAGCCAGGCGUAACAAGAGGGCCACCAGCGUGGCCAACCACAGUGUUCAGAUUGUGAGUACGACCAGGCUGGUGGGAGCGGACCACCCUCUGGAUAUGGUGUACUUUGUGGACCAGCUAGGACAGCGGUUGCCUGCCAUCACCACGGCCAACAUGCUGAACAGACUGGAUGUGCAAAGGGCAGCCAUCGUGUUGGGCUACAGAGUACAGGGCAUCCUGGCUACACCUGUGGAGAAGGUGGCAGGGUACCCUCCUCCAGACACGGAGAACACCAGCAUGUGGAUCACCAUAGGCGUGGUGGUGCCGCUAGGCGUGGUCAUCGUCAUCAUCUCCAUCCUCUACUGGAAGCUGUGUCGCACCGACAAGUUGGAGUUCCAGCCUGACGCCAUGACCACUGUCCAGCAAAGACAGAAGUCCGCUCAACCUUUCAGGGAAUCAUCGUUCAGGGAAUCAAGGUCUCCUCUUCCAAUCAAGAGGCAAAUAAUGAUUAGUGAGAGUGAGGAGGAAGAGGAGGGGGAAGAAGAGGAAGAGGAAGAUGAGAGAAAGGGGAAGGGACCAAACCUUCCUCCUCCCAAGCCAAAGCCCAAGCAGAAAAGUGAGAGCUAUGAGGAAGAAGAGGAGGAGGAAGAAGAGGAGGAGGAAGAAGAGGAGGAGGAAGAAGAGGAGGAGGAAGAAGAGGAGGAGGAAGAAGAAGAGGAGGAGGAGGAAGAUGAGAGAAAGGGGAAGGGACCAAACCUUCCUCCUCCCAAGCCAAAGCCCAAGCAGAAAAGUGAGAGCUAUGAGGAGGAGGAGGAGGAAGAAGAAGAUGAGGAGAAGGAAGAAGAGAAGAAGACAACUGUGUUGAAAGGGAAGCAGAAGCUCCAGGCUCCCAGUGUGAAGGGCUUUGACUUUGCAAAGCUGCACCUGGGCCAGCACAGUAAAGAUGACAUCAUGGUAAUCCAGGAGCCUGGUGCCCCCGGGCCCCCACCACCCAUCUCCAACACCAAGGAGAGUGCCGCCACCUCCAAGAACGGUGAGGUCCCCACCCCCAGGUCAAAAGGGACCUCCGUCUCCUCCACCAAGGCGUCCCGCAGCACACGCAGGCGAGGAAGGGACAGGAUCUCUCCGUCGGACAGGGACUCCAUGGUGAGCGCUGGGUCCGGUGAUCGUGAGAAGGAGUUAGCCGAGGAGAACCUGAGAGCCUUCGCCAUGCCCAACGACAGCAAGCAGGCCCGCAAGAUCCCAAUCAAUGUUUUAAAUGGUCCUCCUCCCAUGAACGGCCAUGACGAGCAUCUCUCCUCUACCUCCAUCUUUGAGCAUGUGGACCGCAUGUCGCGCUCGGCCGACGGCACCCGUCGCCUGUCCAAUAAGAUUCAGCUGAUCGCCAUGCAGCCCAUGGCUGUCCCGCCCCAGCACCACAGCCCCACUGUCAACGGUAUUAACGGCAGAGGGCCAGAGACACACAACAGCUUUAACAAGGAGAUCCAGGUGGCGUUGAGGCAUAAGUCUGAGAUCGAGCACCACCGUAACAAGAUCCGUCUGCGGGCCAAGAGGAAGGGUCACUAUGACUUCCCGGCCAUGGACGACCUGGUGGACAACGGUCUGACCACUGACCCCAAGGACCAGGACCACAUCUACCACAAGGCCCAGAUGCAGAUCGACAAGAUCCUGAACCCUGACAUUCACAUGCCCUCACUGUUCAUGGAGCCUAAAAAGAGUGGCAGGGGGAGGCGUUCUCCCAAGCAGAGGAAGAAGCACCAGCUGAACGGCAGCCUGACUGACGCAGACAAGGACCGGCUCAUCUCCAACGACAGUGACGGCACCUACAGGAAAUACCCUGGGGUCAACAACGUGGCCUAUGUGUCGGACCCUGACCAGGCCCCAGAGUCUGGGACCCCCUCCCCCAACGACGACGUGUUCCUGGGCCCCAUCUCGCCGCCUCCGGGGCACGCCCCUCCCCCGCCCCCCUACAUGCCCCCCCAGCCCUCCAUCGAGGAGGCCAGGCAGCAGAUGCACUCCCUGCUGGACGAUGCCUUCGCCCUGGUCUCCCCCACCUCCCAGGGCAGCACGGCCGGCAUCACCCUGCCCGGUGUCAACUCCAACCCCCCCAGCUCCAGCCCCCCACCUCGUGGUGGAGCCCGCCCCUGGGGUACUACCUACCCAGCCCUCAGCCCGUUCUCCUCAAGAUACGCUGAGUUAGGAAUGUCCCCUCCUUCACUCCAAGGCUUACUACAGAGACAGGGCCUGGGCUCCAACUACCCACCAGGUGACCCAGGACAUGUUGACCAGCUCCCUCCAGAGAGCCACUACUCCACCAGGGGCCUGUACACUGAAGACCUGCCCUCCUCUACCAGGCCACGGCCAGUAGGGGGCACCACAGGUAACCAGCUCAAUCACCUGAACCAGGUGGAUCUUGGGAGCCGGAUCAAGGGGGGGUACCCAUUAGGUGGCAGGGCACCUCCAGGUCAGACUGGAGGCUCAGGCUGGGCACCCUACUCUGACGGUGACUUCAGACCCACCAGAGACCCUGUUCUUCUGGGCUACCCUGACUCCUCCUCCUCUAUGUUCCAGAUGCCUAGUAGGAGUUCCCUAAGGGAGCCCUCUGCCCACCUGGACAUCUACCCCCCCGAGGAGUCCUCUCCCCCAAACCACUCCUCAGCCUCCCUCAUCAAGGCCAUCAGGGAGGAGCUGCUGCGCCUCUCUCAGAAACAGCAAGCCGUGCCCAGUUACCACAGCUGAGACAGACGGCCUCCUCUGGUCCUCAGUGAACCUCUACUGCUACAUCCACCAGUCGUAUCGCUGCCCCUGCCUGCCUGCUCCAACCUAGCAAUGCUUCCCAUGGAAGUUCUGUUGUACAGAAGAGAGACAGUACUCCUGGGCUGCGUCAAGGUGGCUAUUGGCAAACUAGUCCAAACUCAAUGAGAUGACAUCAUAUAUGCCACUAGUAGCCUAAGCAUAGAUGGGGUCAUUAUAUGAAUGACCUGUUCUCUAAGCUCUGGCUCUCUGACCCAGACCCCUGUACCUGACCCAGACUGUCCUAUAGCAUACAGUGUACUACAGUAUAAGUGACCCUAGAGGUUUAAGGGAGAAGGUGUGAACUGAAUGGUUGGCCAUGACCACUGAUCCCUGCCCAGUUGUUUUUCAUUUGAGGUGUUGCUUUUGUUCUUUUUAAACAGCAGUCUAGACUGUGUGUGUGUGAUGAUGAUGAUGAUGAUGAUAAUAAGCAAUGUGGUUUGAUAUUCUCUCUCAUGCUGCCUUGACAUCCUAACAAUAUUUUACAGUACAGUGGUCUUUCUCUAUCAGUAGGACAUCUUUCAUUUAGGCUCCAAACAUUGAUACCAUGUUACCUUUUAACUGUGAUGCUUCUUACCAUUACAAUACAGGUUUUGUUUUUGAAGAGGCUCUUCUCCUCCAUCAUCUUCUGGUGCUUCUUUAAACGCUUUGUGUUUUCUGCCAUGAUAUGGAGGGGUGAUAUGCACACACUCCAUGAAACCAGUUGUCCCAGGUGCUGGAUGAAGCUGUUCUACAUUGUUUUACGCCUUGAGCCACACAAUGCCUUGUGUUGUGACAGAGUGAGUCAGUUCAACUGUCUCAAUCUACUAUACAGCUAAGGUCAGAGUUCGGGGGGACAACACUAGACACAAAGAGCUGCAAUAAUUAUACUGCAGCAACUCCCAUACAUUAUUAUUUAUUUGACCAGGAAGGGCUCAUUGAGAUUUGAAAUCUCUUUUUCAAGAGCGUCCUGGCAAAGAUGAGCAGCACCAAGUCAUUACACCAUAACAGACAAACUACAAGUAAUCUAGUAAAAACCACAGGGAUAUAACGAAAUCAUAAAACAACAAAGGCAUUCCAAGGCGAUGGCGCAGAGUACAUAAAAGCCCUUUUACCAAAUUCAGUUUGGACAUACGGAACAGUUAGCAGGAUUAAGUCCUGUGAACGAAGAGAGUACCCACCACAUUUCUGAAGAAAAGAAAAUGCCCACAUAAAAUGGUAAUAAACAUUACUUUACCAAUGCAACUACAUUGACUUUGUUGUCAACAUCUUCAGCACAAUGUCCACAUUUGACCUUAUAUAUCCAGGUUGUUGAGGAUGCUACCUUGUUAGGACUUUAAAUUCCAACAUAUGGUGAACCUACAUGACAACAUUAUUUCUAUAGUUAUUACACUAAGAUCAUUUAUUGUGUAUAAUAAUUCAUUUGUGGCAUUUUAUAAAAUGUUCUGACCUGCAAACAAAUCAAAGUGAUUGACAGUACCUUUACAUGCAGAUUGCAGCGCCUAUUCAAUGUUAUUAAGCUAAUAGAUCCAGGCAUGCAAUCUGAUCUAUUUCAUUCACUGUAUGCAAACUACUGGGUUGCACUUGGCUUUUCUCAGUGAAUAUCCUUCAAGUCACACCAACUGAAAUGUAAUUGAAAGAUUCAUAGGUCAAGUCAAUUAUGCAUUGUAUUGCUGAAGGAAAUGCAGUAUUUUCUCAGCUGAGAAACUGGGUCAGUGCUCACACUCGUUCAAUCUCCAGGGUAUUUAUUCUUCAUCUAUUUCCUCCUUUUUCCACGCAGUAUUGAAAUGUUCAGCUACAUGUACUGUGUUUUAAUUGUUCGCAGUUUACUGCUCAGUCAAUCUGUCAACUUGAGAUGUUUUGUGCAUAUUAUGUUAUUUUUAUUCUUGAAUGGACUUGCCUCGUGUUUUAUUUCCUCCAUUUGUCUUUGUUCAAUAUUUUUUUUACAUUUUGUUCAGUAACAUUUUCAACAAACUCCACACACAUUGCUUUGCUGUGGGCAUUGAAGUGAUAUUUCAAUAAAAUAAAAUAAAAGAGAAAUUAUUGAUUUUAGUUGUAGGGUUAAACUACAUUUAUUCACUGACUUGGAUGAAUUAAUACUAUAUCAGUGUUGAACAUUGUCCCAAAUACUGUAUAUCCCAGUUUCACUCCACAACACUCUUAUCCAAAGCAACUUACAGGAGAAAUUAGGGUUAAGUGCCUUGCAUAAGGGAACAUCGACAGAUUUUUCUCCUAGUCAGCUCAGGGAUUUGAACUAGUGGCCUUGUGGUUACUGGCCUAACACUCUUAACCACUAGGCUACCUGCACCGGCUACAGUACUAUACACCAGACACACACUACUAUGGCUCCUCAUGACCAACAUGUACCUUAUGGAUCCCCCUCCCUUUGGUGCUCUCAUACUAAUGUCCCCCAUCCUGUCUCAUUCUACUUGCCUGUCUGUCUGUUCGAGAGUCUUAACCAGGCUCUGUUCACUCCAACAACCAUUGACUGUUUUGGAUCAUAGUACAGUAUGGCAUUUUGUAACUACUGUAGUCUCAAUAUUAAGUUACAGGAUUUUCUCUCAACAAGGGUUCUAUAGGUCUUAACAGUUGGUGCUAAAGUGUGUGGUUUAUUACCAUCUAAUAUUCAACACUGUUUCUGGAUGUAGAUUUGCACCCAUGCAGUUAGAUUGUAAACUGAGUUACCUGUAGUGAUUUGACUCCUAGUUGGUCUGAUUGGCUUCAUUCACAACACUGUGCUGUACCAUACUGUACUGGAGAAGAGGGUCUGUUAAAUGACAAUGUACAAUGUACUGUAUGCCUCCACCUGCUGGUUCUGCAACUCCCAUGCACAUCUCUCAGAUUUAGUGAGAGAUGUUUUCCCUUUGUUUUUGACUGUUGUCUUGUUUUAUUGUGAAGAUCAUACUUUGUGUUGGCUGGACCAACCAUGUUUAAUGUGUUUGACUUGUUGAGUUGCAUGUUUCAUUCAUGUACACUACCGUUCUAAAGUUUGGGGUCACUUAGAAAUGUCCUUGUUUUUGAAAGAAAAGCACAUUUUUCAGAAAUACAGUGUAGACAUUGUUAAUGUUGUGACUAUUGUAGCUGGAAACGACAAUUUUUUGUUAUGGAAUAUCUACAUAAGUGUACAGAGGCCCAUUAUCAGCAACCCAUCACUCCUGUGUUCCAAUGGCACGUUGUGUUAGCUGAUCCAAGUUUAUCCUUUUAAAAGGCAGAGUUGCAAAGAAAAAUCCAUAUCUCAGACUGGCCAAUAAAAGAUUGAGAUGGGCAACAGAACACAGACACUGGACAGAGGAACUCUGCCUAGAAGGCCAGCAUCCCAGAGUUGCCUCUUCACUGUUGACGUUGAGACUGGUACUAUUUAAUGAAGCUGCCAGUUGAGUACUUGAGAGGCGUCUGUUUCUCUAACUAGACACAAAUGUACUUGUUCUCUUGCUCAUUUGUGCACCGGGGCCUCCCACUCCUCUUUCUAUUCUGAUUAGAGCCAGUUUGCGCUGUUCUGUGAAGAGUGUAGUACACAGCAUUGUAUUAGAUCUUUAGUAUCUUGGCAAUUUCUCACAUGGAAUAGCCUUCAUUUCUCAGAACAAGAAUAGACUGAUGAGUUUCAGAAGAAAGUUAUUUGUUUCUGGCCAUUGAGAGCCUGUAAUCAAAGCCACAAAUGCUGAAGCUCCAGAUACUCAACUAGUCUAAAGAAGGCCAGUUUUAUUGCUUUUUUAAUCAGAACAACAGCUUUCAGCUGUGCUAACAUAAUUGCAAAAGGGUUUUCUAAUGAUCAAUUAGCCUUUUAAAAGGAUAAACUUGGAUUAGCUAACACAACGUGCCACUGGAACACAGGAGUGAUGAUUGCUGAAAAUGGGCCUCUGUACUCCUAUGUAGAUAUUCCAUUUUAAAAUCUGACGUUUCCAGCUACAAUAGUCAUUUACAACAUUAACAAUGUCUACACUGUAUAACAAUGUCUACACUGUAUUUCUGAUCAAUUUGAUGUGAUUUCAAUGGUCGAAAAAAUGUGCUUUUCUUUCAAAAAGGAUAUUUCUAAGUGACUCCAAACUUUUGAACAGUAGUGUAAGGCUGUGUGUGGUUUGUUUUCCAUUUGUGUUGUGCAUGCUGUUCCAAAAGAAACACUUUUAAAAACCAAUGAAACCCAA